UCCGAGCGUCAGUAGAGCGCUUCACAUGAGAAUGGCGGCUGCUGCGUGCAGUGCGCAGAGCACACUACUAAACCCAUGCGCGUGCAAACUGAACAGAGAGCAUCUGCGGAAAAGUAAAGACUCUCGGAGGAGACAAGCUGCGCUUUUAUUCCUCACUAAUAUAUCACUGGACGGACGGCCUGUGCGGAGCAAUGCCUACUGCACGGCGGCCCCCGGUGAUGCUGAACUCCAGGGCGCUGAAUUCGGCGCGGCUGUGAGCGAACUGUCCUUAGCUGCGAGCAGCGACGGGACCUUUACCAACCUCUCAGUCCCCAAACUCGGACUGCUGUGCGUCCCACCCAUUCUGGUUCUGCCGUCGGAUUCUGGGUUCUAUAAAGCCGGGAGCGCCGAGGUAUUGCUGGACAGAGAGAGAGGCUCGUCGUUUUCAUCGCAGGGGAAUCUCCUCUCCCCCAGCAGUCUGCAGCCCACUCCGCUUGGACCGCGGAAGUCACCAACCCUGCUGUCAGUGCAGAGCUGCGGCUCUUCGAUCGAGUCUCGACCACGGAGUCGGAAUCCAUCUGGUUCUCCUCGUCCACGCUCCAUGAAGAAAGUUCACUUUAUUAAGAACAUGAGGCAGUAUGACACCAGGGGCAGCAGGAUUGUACUCAUCUGCGCCAAAAGAUCUUUGUGCGCUGCCUUCUCAGUGCUGCCGUAUGGAGAGAGUUUCCACAUCAGUGACCCUCUAUUGGACGGCCAGCGUCGGAGACACUCUUCUGGCGGGAUAUCUACCACACUAGAGAUGUUUCCUGGCCUGGAGGGCGUGGAGCUGGGCAUGUACGGCAGGACGGUGUCGUACGCUCAGUUCCUGUACCCCACAAACGCUCUGGACCGUCACAAGCCCUCGUUGGAUCUCGCUCUACCCGUGCCCUUUUCCAGAAACAGCAUCCCUCGCAGUUAUCCACCCUCCCGCCUCAACAGCGCUGUGGGCGUGGACCUGGGCCUUGAGGACAGCGAUUAUGACCCCAACCUGCUCAGUGACCCCCAGUGGCCAUGUGGGAAACAUAAAAGAGUUCUCAUCUUUGCAUCAUACAUGACGACAGUAAUAGAGUACGUCAAACCAUCGGAUCUAAAGAAAGACAUGAAUGAGACAUUUAAAGGAAAAUUCCCCCACAUCAAGCUCACGCUGAGCAAAAUCAGAAGCUUGAAGAGAGAAAUUCGUUCAGUGGGGGAGGAGUCUGGUCUGCAGCCGGUCACCAUAGCGAUGGCGUUUGUGUACUUCGAAAAGCUGGUUCUACAGGGGCAUAUGAACAAGCAGAACAGGAAGCUGGUGACGGCCGCGUGCCUCCUGCUCGCCGCCAAGAUCAGCAGUGACCUAAAGAAACAGGAAGUCAAACAACUAAUUGACAAAUUGGAGGAGAGAUUCCGGAUAAGCCGUCGAGAGUUGAUUGUGUUCGAGUUCACUGUGCUGGUUGCUCUAGAAAUGGCGCUUUACCUGCCGGAGAAUAAAGUCAUGCCUCAUUAUCGCAGGCUGGUCCAGCAGACCUGAUGCGUGCAGCUGUGGAUGAAUCGGAGGCUUGGACGGGCGUGAAUGUGGCGCGAUUGAGUGGAUUUGUCAUUGAAGCUUCAGGUGUCAGAGGCAACACAAAUCGCAACACUCUGUUGAAGAUCUCUGAUCUGCUUAAUGAUUUUUUAAGCAGUCAGGCCAGUUCAAACUCACUUUUUGUGAAAUUUGAGGAAAUCUUUUUUGGUUACAAAUUUCAUUUUAAAACAAUCGAAUGAAAAGUUUCAAACUUCCGUUUUUUUAGCAUACUUCUUUAUAACAUACUGCAUCUAUUUAUCCAAAAAAACAUUUAUUUAAUGUAAAUUUCUUCUUUUGUAUAAUUUUAGACCUAUCUUUCCCUGCAUCACAAAAGCACUUUCAAACCUAAACAUUAUGCAGUAAUACAGGAUCAUAAGCGAAGGUUUUAUAGUGAAUAUGCACUUUUUUUUCGUAGCGCACUUCCAAAGCAUUAACCUCGCAUAGUAUUCAAAGCAAAUCACUUCACAUCUUUGACAGCCUUAUUGUUUGGACUGCACUUUAUUGAACAGAGUGCUCUAUAUUAGAGCUGCUUUCUGAAAAAGCACGUUGGCAGUGCUGCUGUGUUGUAAUUUUAUUAUUCCAGGUUUAUUACAUGCUUCUGAAGGGUGUUAUAAGGCUUCACAAGCUUUUUGGCUUUGAUUAAUGGAAUGGUUUACCUAACAAUGAAAAUUGAGUUAUAAUUGGUUAAUUCUUUACCUUCGUUUGCUGUUUGUUUAUAGAAUGCAAAAGAAUAUUUUUGGAGAAUCUUUAUGCAAUGACAGUAUACAGGGAGCGUGUGCCAUCACAGGCAGGGCCAAGGAGCCAUGUGACAGUUUUUAUUUUUAUGUCACAAUGAUCGCAGAAUACUGUACUAUUAGGUAUAGAUUAUUUUAACAGAAACAAAUUAGGGAAGCAUCUGUGUAUUUCUCUUAAUAAUACAUUUCACAACGUUUUUUAAAUAAUUACAAAUAAAAAACAAUGUAUUAAGUAACCAAAUAAAUUCAAGGCAAAAGAACAUAACUGUAAAGAACAAUAAUAUAGAUUCAGAUCCAGAUUUUAAGCCUAUAUUUUUUGGGCUGGUGUGUUUUAGUCCAGAUAAAUAUUUAUCAUAUUUGACUUCUGUUUGACAAUAACGGAAUCCAUUCUUUAGUUACUUUCAUGUAAUUUACUGUUUGUUGUAUUAAUAUUUGAACCCCCAAUAUUUUCAUUCUGUCUCUUUUAAAUUUAUUGAUAGAAAAGAAGCUAAUGUGCAUUCUUGAAAUCUAAACAAUUUUGCUAAUAAGGUACUUCUAUUUAUUGACAGUAUUUCAAACUGUGCGCGCUAAUACUAAUGUGUUCAUUAUCACAAUGUAUUGCAUUAUUGAAUACUGACACAUGUCUACUGCCAAGUUUGAGUUUAUAGGAAAUUAAGAUUUGGCCUGUUCCUCACAUACAUCUUUUGUAUGCUUUUAAAAGACCUUCAAAAUAGAGCAUGAGUUAAGUAGUGCUUUUCCGUUGUUUUUGUUCACCAUGAACUGUGUUGAAAAAAGAUUCUUAUAUUCUUUUGUGUUUCAUGGAGAAAAAGUCAUAUGGAAAUGAGCUUUCAUUUAUAGGUAAACUACUUGUGUAUAAUUAAUCAAAAGGCAACCGUUGGUUUGUAGCCUGCAUCCAGAAAGAUAUUUUUAUUGGCAUCUUUAACCUAUAGACAUGACAUCUCUGUGUACUCUAUCAUGGGACAUAUAACCAGACAGUGUUCUCCCUUGAAUUAGACUCUGUUGAUGUUGAACAGGGUUUCCCCUACGAUCUAUGCAAUACUUCACAUGAGAUUAUUUUCCCAUGUAAUCAAAGAAUAUAUCACACCCAAUUCUUAUUGUUUAUAUGUGGGAACAAUCUUGUUUUGUGUGAUAGCCGGCAGAAAAACUGUUGUUGUGUGAAAGAGUCAUGUGGUAUAGUCAUAGCUUUAGGGACUUUUUUCCUUUAUUAAAUGAUGUACUUUAUACACUUGUCAAUCAAUAUAUUUUAGAAUGCACAUAUCUAUACAAUUUAUGGGCUUUUAUUGUUGUUCACACUUUGUUAUAUUUUUAUGAUUGUAUUGUAUUGAUUUCUGUUAUGCAUCCUCCUUGUUGAGAUACUGUGACCUUGAGCGUCAGAACUAAGACAUUUGCACAUUUUUGAUCCAGUCUGAUGUGUGCAUGCAGUGUUGGUUUUGUUAACUGUGUUGGGUUGCAGCUGCCAUCUACAGGAAACCUUUUGCAACCACACUGUGUCUGUAUGAAAGUUGUUUGGAAUGGAAUUUUGUUACACACGGAUUGGACAGUGUUGAUUUUUGAUGACUAUUUUGUGUGCGCAUGUUCAAGAGUCCAUUAUUUAAGACUUAAGACUGCAUGUAUACACUACAGUUAACAAGUUCAGGGUCCGUUAACUUAAAAUGUCUCUCACGAUCUUAAAAAACCUAUUGAUCCAAAGCAGUGGUUCUCAACAGGGGGCCCUAGCUGACUUUUAAGGUUGCCUUAAAAUUAGACAAAAUUAGCAUUGAAAUUCCAUUUUUUUAAUCUAAAAAUCAAGAUAUUGCAAAUCAAAGCCCCUUAUUGUCACUUAACCAUAUACAAAAGUGCAACAGUAGAUGAAAAUCUUGGGUGCAGUUCGGGCAGUAUGACAGAUAUGAGGCGGAAUUUUAGAUUACAAGUAACAAAGAAUUACAAUACUUUACAAUAGAUAUUUUCCUUUAAACAUUUACACAGUAAACAUUUCUGUUUCUGUACAAGUGUUCAAUUUAUUAUUACUUAAUAUUAUUAUUAUUUCGUAUUACUUGGACAUUUUUAUGAUGACUAAACAUUUCAAGUUAAUGUUCCCUCUUAAAAAUAACGGUGCUUUACAGCAAUGCCAUAGAAGAACCAUGUUUGGCUCCAUGUAGAACUAUUCAGUCAACGUUUCUCUAAAGAAGAGUCUCUUUCUUACCUUUUUCUAAUCUGAAGAAUGUUUUUCCAAACAAAGAACUUUACGUGAAACAAAAAGGUUCUUCGGAGGUUAAAGAUUCUUAUGAAACUAUUCUUUAAUGCAACGGUUCUUCAAUGGCAUUGUGAAGCACCUUUAUUUUUAAGAGUUUAAAGAUAUAAAAUAUUUUAUUUGAUUGAUUUGUUUUGAAUGAAUGAAUGAAUGACUUGAGAAUUAAAAAGCCAAGCAUAGAUGAGAAUUUAUGAAAUUUUCAAGAGAAUAUUUCGAUAAAUUCAAGCAAAGUGUUGCUACUUUGAAAACAAUAUUUUUAUUAACAUUGUUCCCAAAGUUACAUUAUAAAUAAAGAAUGAGUCACUUUCCCUAAACUUCUGAAUAGUAGUAUAAUACAUAGCAUAUAUAUAUAUAUAUAUAUAUAUAUAUAUAUAUAUAUAUACACAAAGAUUCCAUUAAAGUGCCUGUUAGUUUUUGUAAUCAAUGAUUUUGGUAAAGGAAAAGUUGAAAGAAACUGUACUUAGUUCUUUACACUGUGAUAUUUCUGAUGCCCCCGCACAUGUGUCUUGUUUAAUAUGUUUAUUGUAAAAAUGUGCUCUUAAGAACAUAAACCAGCUGUUAAAACAGGGAAAAUAUACUGACUGAAUAAAUCCUGUCACAUGU